ACGAUGCGGGUAAACAGUUAUUCAUUCUGUUAUCUAUUAGACGUUGGAAUAGUCUGCAAUGAAUUGGAUUGUGUUAUUUUUUACUUUAGGAGUAGUUUUAGCAGAUCCUAAUAGAAAUGAAUAUAAAUCUUACAAAAAUUUCAAAGUUUUUGAUGUUACAGGAAACAAUUUGGAAGCUUUAAGGGAUUUCAGAAAUCAUAUCGAAACAGAAGAGGCUGAUGGCGAUGACAAGAGCGUGUUCGUGGUGGGCGGGCGGGGCCGGCUGCAGGUGCUGCUUCACGAGGCGCGGCUGGAGACCUUCCACGCCGCCCUGCAGCAGCACAACCUCACCGCCACGCUCGUUUACGAAGACUUUUCGGAGUAA